AUGGGAGCUUGUCAACAUUUAUGCAGAUAAUAACUUACAAUGUAAUAGGAAGUCACAAUGUAAUAAAAACAGAAGUAAAGGAAAGAAUCUGAUAAGGAUUCAAAGACUGAUCAUAUUUGUUCAUAAAAAGUAGUUUUAGAAGAAAUCAUUGGAGAAGAAUUUUAGUCUCCUCAAGAAAUUAAGUAAUUUAAUAAAAGAAUUAAAAAUUUGAAUAUAUCAGAUGACAGAAAAAACAGAUUUAUGCAUGAUAUAGAAGAAGAAUUAAAGUAUAUAAUUAAAAAAAAGUAUGAUUUAUUAAUCAUAAUCUAGUAUUUAAGAAGAGUAAGAAAAUUUAAAACGUAUUCAAUAAAUUUAUGAAUAAGAACUUGAACUUUAAAGAAAAGAAUAAAUCUAAAAAUAAAAAUAAAAAGAAUAACUUGACAACUAAUUUUCUUUUUAAAAUUCCAUUAUUUAAUCAAAUGAACAUCCAAGUACAAAUCCCUUCUAACCUAAAUCAACAUCUUAAUUUGCUCCUAAGAGAAAUGAUAAUGAUACAGUUUCUUAAAAAUCUUAAAUCUCAAAAACUCCUACUCCCCCUCAUAAAGAUAAAUCAAUUUCAUCUUAAUCUGAUGUUAUGAGAAAAAGUGCAUUACUUAAAAUCAUUUAAGCAAGAGAAGAAUUAGCCAGUAAUAAUGCAAGUAAAGGUUCUUCCAAAAAAAAAUAAAUGCUUGAAGCCUAUGAAAAAAUGUUUAGUGAAUUCUUUUCAGUAGAUGAAAGAGGAUCAAGUAGUUAAAGUAAAACUCAUAAAAGUCAUAAAAGCAUUUUAAAAAAUAGAUCUUUAACUUAUCGAAGUUUCUCAGGUACUAAAUCAAUUAAAUCAACUCAUACUGCUAUUAAAAAAUCAAAAAAAGUUAGAUUUUCAAAAGAUACUAAUUUCAGUUAUGAAAGAAAAGCAAUAGAAAAGAAAAAAAAAAGUUUUUGGGAUUGGUGA